AUAAAAUAAUCUAAAAUCAUCUUUGCCCUCCACGUGUCAGCCCACCAUCCGUACAUACACAACACAAAAUCAAGACCGCCUCAAUACUCAAACCCUAAAUACCCAAAUUUCGCACCAUUCGAUUUCUCUUCCACCACGAAUUCGAAAAAUGUUGAGGCUCACGUCGAAAAGAAUUGCACAAGCUCUAGCGUCACGGUCGGCGCAGUCACCGGCCGUCCAGGUCUUACCACGUCACUACCACGAGAGGGUUGUUGACCACUACAACAACCCCCGGAAUGUUGGAUCGUUUGAUAAGAGCGAUCCAACGGUGGGGACCGGCCUCGUCGGAGCACCGGCAUGCGGCGAUGUUAUGAAACUUCAAAUUAAGGUCGAUGAGGGUACGGGCAAGAUUGUCGAUGCUUGCUUCAAGACCUUCGGAUGCGGAUCAGCUAUCGCGUCUUCCUCUGUCGCUACUGAAUGGGUGAAGGGCAAACAAAUGGAGGAAGUCCUAACCAUUAAAAACACAGAAAUUGCCAAGCAUCUGUCACUCCCUCCAGUUAAGCUACACUGUAGCAUGCUUGCUGAGGAUGCUAUCAAGGCUGCUGUUAAAGACUACGAAGCUAAACGAGGUAUCAAUGCUAACGCCACUCCAGAGGCAGCUCGUCUAGAGAAGGCAGCCGAUGCUUGAUUUUGUCCACUUGUAAAAAUGAUGAUUUAAUAUCUUGAACUGGGUUUUCUUCCUACCUGCAAGUUACCUGGUACUUACAAUAAUAGGCUGUGCUUUGUUACAGCUCCUGAGUAGGCUCUUCCUCUGCAUGUAAGAUAUUCCCACAAGGAAAAAUAUUAUUUCAUCAGUGUAAAUUAGAUAUAUUAGUAAAAGUUUGAACUUUGAACAUUUUGUUUGGUGUAUCUACAUCGUGACAUGAAUAAUAGUCAAUACAGCUAUUGAGAAUUUUGCAGUAAAA